AAAGUGGUGGAGAAACUGAAGCAAGAAGAGGAGCAACAGAAACAGAAACCCAGCCUCGACUGUGAGAGCGACAAGGACAUCGAGGCCAUAGCCCAGCAGCUGAAGGUGCUGCCCCUGACGGAGCGGAACCUGCGCAUGUUCGACCACGCCAGACGCAACCUCAUCCCCUCGGCCGAGCGCCAGUUCGCCUGCCAGGCCUGCGACAGCGCCUGGUGGCGCCGUGUGCCCGAGAGAAAGCAGGUGUCCCGGUGCCGGCUGUGUGGGAAGCGCUAUGACCCGGUGCCCUACGACAAGAUGUGGGGCACGGCCGAGUUCCACUGCCCCUCCUGCAACCGCAGCUUCAGGUGA